UACAAGUUGACCCCCAAUGGGCGAUGUCGACCGGCGGCUUUUGAAGUUCGCGGCGCGUGCGGUGUGGUAGUGGUGGUGGUGGUGUGUGGGCAACUCCACGAUGGCGCUGCCUCCUGAUCAUUUCCGGAAUUUCCAGAUUUCUGGCUUUGUGUGGACGAUGAAAGUUGAGCUGGAGAAGUUGAUUCUGAAAUUGGAGGGACGCGUCUUGCCUGGCAAGGUUUUUGACACAGAUUGCACGCACAUGAUCAUUGCGAAACCGAACUACAGUGAGAAAUAUCUCUCAGCCUGUGCUGCAGGAGUUUGGAUUCUGCGGGAGGAUUAUUUAAGAAAGAGCGCAAGCGCUGGCUUCUGGCUGGAAGAAAGCUUCUAUGAGUGGGGAAAUUCUGGCGGUGCCACAUCUGACUUCGAGCUGGUCGCCCGCGACUGGAGGAGACACAUCCAGUCAGGAGGGUCAUCGGGAGCCUUCCAGGGCUGGAAAGUCGUGCUGGACAUAAGUGAUAUGAGCAGGCUACUUACGUUCUGCAGGAUACUGAAAGCAGGGAAGGCUGUGGUGUACGAAGGGAGUCUGCCAACCUCCGACGCUGUGGUCACACACGUACUCAACGAUAUCAACUGCGACACAAAUCCCUCAGCGUCAAGUCGCUUUGACGUCCUCCAUUAUAGCGUGAAAUACAUCGCUGACUAUCUGCGUCAGGGACCUAGCAAGGGUGGCAGCGAGAGCAAACAUUGCAGCAUGUUCAGCAACCCCCCAGCAUUCACACAUUGCCUGGGUCCGGCAUCAGCAGGCAGCGAGCAAAACCACCUUUCCUCCCAGACGCGUGCCGUUGACCCAGAAAACGAAAUGCGUACAAUAAUCCAGAACGUCUUGAGCACAUCUAAUAAGAGUUCUUAUGUUAGCAUUACGUCAGGCUACGUUCGGAUCCACCCGAUCAGCUUUUCAGAGGGAAAGCAGUGGCUGUUGGAUGAAUUGACGGCUAAGAAAAUGGAGAGCCUGGUGGAAUGUGGUUUUUAUUUUGAGGCUUUGCAAGAGGUUGAGGGCUACCUGACAAGGUCACCUCUCUAUUGCCCUCCUGCAGGCACACUACAGAACAUUCUAAAGCACAUUCUGAAGAAAAACGACAAGAAGCUAAUGGAGCAAUUCUGCAGAAUUUUCGAUUUGCUGCUGGCAAUUUACCCUCCUUGGGUCCACUGGCAGUUUAGCGAUUAUUACCUGUGGCUUCUCCGCAUGCCUGACGACACGGAGGAUUGCGAGGGCUGCUGGGCUCUGCUUAAGACCCUCAUCAGCACCUGCAUGAAUGGGGAUGACCGCACCAGACAAAAGCAGCAGGUCUACAGCCAGCUCUUGGUCUGCUUUUGUAAACUGUUUGAAGCUGAGCUCUUUGAACUGAACACAAGCAGGGCGACGGAGAGAGGAUCGCACUGCUCGCGACCAAACAGGUCGUCGGUCUUAGUGCAGGUCUUCUGCAUCUCCUCCGGCUCUGUCACGCUGGCGCCCAACAAGUUCGACUUCUUCAUGGUUCAGCUGCGAUCCGCCUGCUGCCGCCGUACGCCACAGCAAGACAACAACAGUGUUUGUGCAACUCGGCAAGAAGAAUACCAGCUGCUGCGGCUGGUGCAGUGCUUGCUAGGGGUCGUGCUGGAGUUCAGCCUCCUGUGGAACCGAGGCAGAGCCAUGGAGGACAUACAAAAGCAUGCCAACCAGAUGGCCAUAGAGUGCUCAGAUUUCCCGCAGCCUGCCCUGGAGACCCUCGUGACAAGCCUCACGUCGCCCUGGCUGCGGAUGCACAUGUGCGACAUGCUGCUGUGGCACAUGUUCGUGCAAAACAAAUCGGAAGUCAUGAAGAUGCCCAUCAGCCUCUCGAAGAUUAAAACCGCUUACUUCUGCAUCAAGAGAUUCAGUGCGGAGCGGGUGAGCCAACAGCAGGGCAGGUGCUAUUCUGCGACGGGUGAAGUGGACAAUUUGUCGCUGUACGAUGGCUUGGUGGGACGGUUGAGGAAGCAAUCCAAGGAGACGGAUGUAAACACACUGGAGACCAUCGAUAGGGACGCACUCAGCAGCGCUUGCAAGAGCAUCAACAGCAAGGGUGAGACCCGGCUGCACAAGGCUUGUAUAAAGAAUGACGUCGCAAAGCUGAAGCAGCUGCUGGAGAUUCCUGGCACAGACAUCAACGUGCAGGACUGCGCCGGUUGGACUCCCCUGCACGAUGCGUGCUUCCACGGCAGCCUGGAGUGCGUACGCGAGAUCCUGCAGAGCUGCCAGAGCGUGGACCUGCACGCAGCCGUCGACGGGCGUACGCCGAUGUCCGAGGCCUUGGCGCGAGGACACGGAGACGUCGCCAGCCUCCUGCUCCAGCACGGCGCCGAGAGAAAUCAGGAUACGGACAACUCCUUGCCCUCUUGCGCCAACCCGGCAGUUUUCGUCUUCCUCCUGAAGCAGCUGCUGCAGGAUUACCUGCGGCUGCACCACGUCCUGGAGCUUCUGCAGAGCCUAUGGCUUCCGGGAGACUGCACGGAAGGGCUGAGAGCGCUGCGGAUGAUUGCGACGGACGGAAGUCCGAAGCCCUGGUCUCCCACGGAGAUGGACAAGGAGGUGGAACGCUGUGCCGAGGACCUAGUACAGGUGAUGGCGCUGCACGAGCACGUGCCCGCACUGAAGGCCUUCUUGACGGAAGUGGUGGCGCCAAAGCCCUUGUCUGCAAAGACAGAAGGCCUCCUCCGUGCGCUCGACUGCGACGCUUCUUUGCCCCGGUUCCUCGGUUAUACUGCACAAUGAACACUCGACAGAUCAAUCUUGAUUUCUGAGAAGUGGUUUCUUGUUCGGACAAGUGUUGAGGUGGUACUAGUCUCAUGUUUACAUCCCUGAGCCAGUGGUGGAAAUUCUACGUUCUUGUAGUGGGUGCUGUUCUAUCCAUAAGACAAUUUUGUUGAAUUCCACCGUAAAUUGGUGAGGGGUACGGGGUGGGGGAAUGGUGGGGGGUGGGUUGAGAGGUGGCUGGAGCCACAGGGGCUGUGGUGAUUUUGUUGUAAACUCGUUAUUAUAAAUCGAUACAACUUUGCAAAGUGUUUAUUUAUUACGUUUUAAGAGGGGGGAAUGGGGGUUUUGUACAGGGAGAUGCUGGAGCCUACCAAAUCUUAAUAUAUAUAUUUUAAUAAAGUGCUUUUUAGUCAAAGUAUUCUUCGUUACAAUAAGUUUCUCAUUCAGUGUAAUGUGUAAAAUAAUAUUUUAAACGUUUUGUCUGUAAAAAUGCAUCUUUCUUGGGGAAUCGCAGCCCAUGCACGGAUUGUGGUUGCCUGCCGUCAAGAAUUAAGUCGAGCCUUCUCAAACCUCAUCUCGCAAUGCUCAGUGUUGAUGCUUGGUUCACUGUUGGUUUCAGUGAUGUAAGCAGAAAUACAGACAUCAGUAAAUCCCAACGGUAGUAGUAGUGAUGUGUUAAUAACACAGUUUGUUUCACGGAUAUAGAAAUGAGCAAAGGUGCCAACCCAAUUAGGGAAAUGUAAUCAAAUGCAAAGUUCAUUUACACAUUUAAUCGGACCGAUGCAGGUCAAAGACUUAGCUGGAGUUUUUGUUUCCGUUUUUGCAGCAGAUGUUGGUCAGUUGUGACAACCUGGCACGGUUGUGAUGAACCCAAGGCUAAGGAGUAAACACUUGGAAAAGUUGAUUGCUCAGUUAGCUAAAGUCGCGGGGCGGACACACAAACGAGCGUCCUUCGUGAAACCAUUUGGCUCGGCCAAAAUGAGCUCACAUUGUACUUUGAUUUGGCUUAGCAAAGUAUCGUACAACCUCAAUUUGUGUACUGGAAUUUAAGCAGAAAACGAACGUGGGCAGAAAUUUAGGAAUAACGGUGGGAGGAAAAC